UGGAUGCUUUUCAUGUUUCUACAUCUGAGAUGUGACGGUCUGUCAGCGGAUACAGACGGUCUGGCUGAAGCUCAGAGUGGUGCUGCACCUACAGCUAAAGGUUAUUUCCUGGAAUUCCAGGAACCAGUCAAUAACAUCACCCACUUCCAGGGCCAGACCGCCACGCUACACUGCAAAGUGACAGGAAACCCACGACCAUCCAUCCGCUGGCUAAAAAAUGAUGCCCCGGUUGUGCAGGAGCAAGGACGCAUAACCAUACGCAAGACGGAGACAGGAUCCAAGCUCCGCAUCCAGGACCUGGACACAACAGACACCGGCUAUUAUCAGUGUGUUGCCUCCAACUCACUGAAAGUCAUUUCUGCCACAGGUGUCCUGUUUGUCAAACUAGGACAGAUGCCCACACGUGGCCCCGAUGAACCGUCGCAUGAACAAGGUUUCUGUCAGCCAUAUCGAGGCAUUGCCUGUGCUCGCUUCAUUGGCAACAGGAGCAUCUAUGUUGAGUCUCUGCAGAUGCAGGGGGAAAGUGAAAACCGCAUCACAGCUGCCUUCACUAUGAUUGGCACCUCUACUCACCUAUCGGAUCAGUGCUCCAGCUUUGCCAUCCCAUCCUUCUGCUAUUACGUCUUCCCUCUGUGCGAUGAGGGUUCUCGAGGCCCUCGGCGGCGUCAGCUCUGUCGAGAUGAGUGUGAGGUCCUGGAGAAUGACCUGUGCCACACCGAAUACACCAUCGCACGAUCUAAUCCUAUGAUCCUAAUGCAGCUGGAGCUGCCCAACUGCCGCCUGCUGCCACAGCCAGGCACCUCUGAUGCUGCUUCAUGUAUGAGGAUAGGAGUGCCACCAGAAAAAAUCGGUCCAUAUUCUCCCUCAGACCAUAGCUGCUACAAUGGAAGUGGGGCUGACUACAAGGGCCUAGUCAGCAUCACCAAAUCUGGUCACCACUGCCAGCUGUGGAGUGCCCAGUACCCUCACAGUCACCACCUGUCCCAGGAAUACCCUGAGCUCUUGGGAAGUGACAACUUCUGUCGUAACCCCGGAGGUCAGAUGCAGGCACCCUGGUGCUUCACCUUAGACCCUCAGGUCAGGGUGGACCUGUGUGACAUCCAGCCCUGCAAGCCUCCAGAGAAUCCCAGGAAGGAGAUCCUGUUUAUUCUAAUCCCUGCAAUUGCUAUCCCAUUAGUCAUCGCUUGCCUCUUCUUUCUGGUUUGUAUGUGUCGCAAUAAGCAAAAGGCUUCGACUGACACAACACUUCGCUGCCAGCUCAGCAGCUCUCCUAGCCAGGAAAUGGAGCUCUCUCUUCUUAAUCAGCAAAAACACCAGGCCAAGGUGCGAGAGCUUAACAUGUCAGCAGUACGGUUUAUGGAGGAGCUUGGAGAGGAUCGGUUUGGUAAGGUUUACAAGGGCCACCUGUAUGGCACCACACCUGGUGAGCAGAUCCAGGUGGUAGCCAUAAAGACAUUAAAAGACAAGGUUGAUGCCACUCUUUGUGAGGAAUUUCGCAACCAAGCCAUGCUCCACUCUCAACUACAGCACCACAAUAUUGUUUGUUUGCUCGGUGUGGUCCUCAAAGAGCAGCCAUUGAGCAUGAUAUUCACCUACUCCAGCCUGGGUGACCUGCAUGAGUAUCUGGUGAUGCGCUCCCCCAACUCUGAUGUCGGCAGCUCAGAUGAUGACAAAACAGUAAAAUCCACACUGGAGCAGGCUGAUUUUCUUCAUGUCAUCACCCAGAUUGCUGCUGGAAUGGAGUAUCUUUCUGGCCAACAAGUAAUCCAUAAAGACCUUGCUGCCCGAAACAUUCUGGUCUUUGACAAACUUAGUGUCAAGAUCCUGGAUCUGGGCCUGUUCAGAGAUGUCUACUCUGCUGAUUACUACAGCCUCAUGGGCACAAGCCCUUUCCCCAUUCGCUGGAUGUCCCCAGAAGCUAUUAUGUAUGGCAAGUUCUCCACCGAGUCUGAUAUCUGGUCUUAUGGUGUAUUGCUAUGGGAAACUUUCAGUUAUGGUCUACAGCCAUAUUGUGGCUACUCCAACCAGGAUGUGAUAGAGAUGGUCCGCAGCCACCAGCUAUUGUCUUGUCCAGAUGACUGCCCAGCCUGGAUUUACACCCUUAUGCUGGAAUGUUGGAGUGAAUUUCCAGCAAGAAGGCCUCGCUUCAAGGACAUCCACACACGUCUGCGCUGCUGGGAGAGCAUGUCCAGCUACAACAGCUCUGCUCAGACUUCUGGCACCAGUAACACUACCCAGACCAGCUCUCUCAGCACCAGUCCUGUUAGCAACAUCAGCAUGAGCACAGCAAAUGCACCACGCUACCCUAGCCCUAAAAAGAGCUCACCAUUCCAUCAGCCACAGUUCAUGCCCAUGAAGGGUCAGAUGCAUCGGUCAGUGGUGCCCCCACAGCUCUACAUCCCAGUCAAUGGAUAUCACCCUAUGUCUCCUUACCCAUAUCUGCCGAACUUUUACCCCAUGCAAAUACCCAUGCCUGUGCCCCACCAGCAGAUGCACCACCCCCCACAAAUGGUUCCCAAAGCUGGUUCUCACCAUAGUGGUAGUGGGUCCACAUCUACUGGCUAUGUCACCACUGCCCCUUCUAACACAUCUGUCACAGAGCGAGCAGCUUUACUAAAUGAGGAUUCCAAGACCAAUAAUGAGGACUUAGCUGACAGGGAAUUCCAGGAACAACUAGACCAAAACAGGGAUUUGUCAGUGCCCGAAACAGAAUUGCUAGGUGACAAUGACUCUCCACAGACUGAUGAAUUUGUAGCCCACAUGCCAAACGUGUAAAUGUGGUGCUGUUAGAAGGACAGUAGAGCUAAAUUAUUUUCUGAGCUUAUGCUUGCUUGCCAAAAAUUUGAUGAGCAGUAAAAAGUGAAGGGAAUUGUGACUGAAUGUUUUUUAUGAGUUUCUUAGAUAGUCCUGACAUAUUUGAAUGACAAUUUGUCUCAUGUCUGUGCCUUUUAAACUCCUGUGUGAAUAUUUAAGCACAAUUAAUAGUACAAUCCUAUACAGAGUGUGUCUAUAUAAUGCUGCCAUUCAUAACAAUGUUUAUUCUCAUCAUUUGCUGUACAGCACAAAACUUUUCUUAUCCACAAGUGCUUUAGAAGUUGCCUUGCCUUAACUGACAUUCUGCCUUUGAAUGCUCAUGGUGUUGCCAGCUGCUUUUUUAAAAACUUGUCAGCAAGGCCAUUCACUGGGAGGCACAGAAAGGAGGGAUUCUUGCCACCCACCUCAGAUAGUAUGCCUCUCUGUACAGGCAGCCUGUGGUUCUGGUUAUAGGUAUAAUCAUUCAGAUCCAGGAAUAUUUUUUUAAAGAAUCUUCACCAUUGUGAUGAAAAUGCAUGGCUGCACUGCUGAGCACUACAUACAGAGAC